GCCGAUGUCGGCAGGCUGCCAUCUUGACGGCAAUAUUUCUAUCGCCAUCCACCUCGAAUUCUGGCCCAGCACUUUGCCUCUCGCCCUGAUCUCUCUCAUCUUUCCCUUUCAUUUCCAUUCCCAGAUACCCCUUGUAGAUUUGCAAAAUGCCCGGCGCAGUCAAGGGUCCGAGGACGCUUUACGACAAGGUCUUUGAGGACCACAUCAUCGAGGAGCAGGACGAUGGCACUGCCCUGAUCUACAUUGACAGGCAUCUUGUCCACGAAGUCACGUCGCCACAAGCUUUCGAAGGCCUCCGCAAUGCCAGCAGAAAUGUCCGCAGGCCAGACUGCACUCUCGUAACGACCGACCACAAUGUCCCUACGUCAUCGAGAAAAAACUUCAAGGACGUCUCCUCCUUCAUCGAUGAGGAGGACUCCAGGAUACAAUGUGCGACCUUGGAGGACAACGUCAAGGCCUUUGGCCUGACCUACUUUGGUAUGGGCGACAAGAGGCAGGGCAUCGUCCACAUCAUCGGCCCUGAGCAGGGUUUCACCCUUCCCGCCACCACCGUUGUUUGCGGCGACAGCCACACCUCCACCCACGGCGCUUUCGGUGCCUUGGCCUUCGGUAUCGGUACCAGCGAGGUCGAACACGUCCUUGCCACCCAGACCUUGAUUACGAAGAGGAGUAAGAACAUGAGGGUCCAGGUCGACGGCGAGCUUGCCCCGGGCGUUGGCAGCAAGGAUAUUGUCCUCCACAUUAUCGGUGUCAUUGGUACGGCUGGCGGUACUGGCUGUGUUAUUGAGUUCUGCGGUUCGGCAAUCCGGGGCUUGAGCAUGGAGGCUCGCAUGUCCAUCUGCAACAUGUCCAUUGAGGCUGGUGCGCGUGCCGGUAUGAUUGCACCCGACCAGAUUACCUUCGAAUACCUCAAGGGCAAGCCUCUCGCUCCCAAGGUCGACAGCCCCGAGUGGAAGAAGGCCGUUGCCUACUGGUCGACUCUCAAGACCGACGAGGGCGCCAAGUACGACCACGACAUCUUCAUCGACUGCAAGGACAUCGCCCCGACUGUCUCCUGGGGUACCUCUCCCCAGGACGUCGUCCCCAUCACCGCCGUCGUCCCCGGUCCCGACGACUUCCAGGAUGAGACGAGGAAGAAGGCCUGCAUUCGUGCUCUUGAGUACAUGGGUCUUACGGCUGGUACUCCCAUGCAGGACGUCGUUUGCGACAAGGUCUUCAUUGGCUCUUGCACGAACGCUCGUAUCGAAGAUUUGAGGUCUGCGGCCAGCGUUGUCAAGGGCAAGAAGGUUGCCGAGAACAUCAAGCGCGCAAUGAUCGUUCCGGGCUCUGGUCUGGUCAAGAAGCAGGCCGAGUCCGAGGGUCUUGAUAAGAUCUUCACUGAUGCCGGCUUCGAGUGGAGAGAGGCUGGUUGCUCCAUGUGCCUUGGCAUGAACCCCGAUAUCCUUUCCCCCGGCGAGCGCUGCGCCAGUACGUCUAACCGCAACUUCGAGGGUCGCCAGGGUGCUGGUGGCAGGACUCAUCUGAUGUCCCCUGCCAUGGCUGCCGCUGCUGCCCUUUCCGGCCGCCUUGCGGAUGUCCGCAAGAUUGCCCCUCCUCAGUCCUCUGCUGAGAAGGGCUCCCCUAAGCUGGAGCUUGAGGCGCAUACUGCGGAUCUCGACAACGACGAGGAGCUUGACAGGAUCCUUGACGACCCGGAGAACUCCCAGGGCAACACCACCGAGUCUGGCGCGCCCGCCACUGCCACCGGCAUGCCCAAGUUCACCCAGCUUAAGGGUGUCGCCGCCCCCAUCGACGUCGCCAACAUCGACACCGACGCGAUCAUCCCCAAGCAGUUCCUCAAGACCAUCAAGCGCUCUGGUCUUGGCUCUGCUCUCUUCAACGCCUGGCGUUACGACCCCGCCACUGGUGCCGAGAACCUCGAGUUCGUCCUUAACAAGGAUCCCUACAGGAAUGCCAAGAUCCUCGUCUGCACCGGUCCUAACUUUGGCUGCGGUUCUUCCCGUGAGCACGCUCCCUGGUCGCUCCUCGACUUUGGCAUCAUGUGCAUCAUCGCGCCCAGCUUCGGUGACAUCUUCUUCAACAACACGUUCAAGAACGGCAUGCUCCCGAUCCGGAUCGGCGACGAGGCGAAGCUCAACGCAAUUGCCGAGGAGGCCAAGGCGGGCAAGGAGAUCGAGAUUGACCUCCCCGCCCAGCAGAUCAAGGACCAGGACGGCAACGUGUUGGCCGAGUUCGAGGUCGAGGAGUUCCGGAAACACUGCCUCGUCAACGGCCUUGACGACAUUGGCCUCACGAUGCAGAAGCAGGAGCGCAUCCAGAAGUUCGAGGAGAAGCGCACGCGCGAGUGGCCGUGGCUCGAUGGCCAGGGCUACCUUGCGCGCGACCGCACUGGACCCGUCAAGGUUGAGGCGGCGCCGGUCCCCAAGACCAACCGCGGCGAUGUCAAGGGUGAGCCGCUUGAGUGGUAGAGUGGCGGCUGCGUGGGUGUGUCCGAAGUGUUUGGGCGCUACUAUCACGGUGCGGUGCCAACUACUUGGAGUGUUUCGGCUAUAGGAGUAAUAAUAGGGAACCUUUGGGGCUCGGCGCGCGUGGCUUGUUACCUAUGAGGCAGAGCGCUUCUUACUGUUGUUGUUGUUUUCUCAGUUUUCGGCUGCUGCGGGAUCGAUAUGCGGCUUGGCUUUGGCUUUGGGAGAAUAUAUACACUGCUGGGGUUUGGGGUUGAUGAUGAUGCCCGCUGCUGCUGCUGCUGCCUGGGCUUGAUGUGGUAUGAUAACAA